AUGUUGGCAUCCGACUCGUUCCUGCCCUCGGGCUUCACCGAUCACGACCCCAAUAUGCCCCUAUCAGCCGUCAUUUCACCACUUUCACUCAAUCGAAUGGCGACCUCGACUGGUUACUUCGACGACGCGAGAUCGACAUCGAAUGUCGCCGCCACUUCUUUCUACUCUCCCCAGUCUUCUGACGCAGCGCGUUAUCCCCAAGGCUUCCUCUCGCCCAUCACCAACGGUCGCAACUGUGCAAACGGCGUCAACGGCGCGAAUCCCUACGAACCGAGGACGAUGACCUUUUCGCCCACGCCCACCAAUCUCGACCAACUCGUCGGCCUCAAUCCGGCCGUUGGAAGGAUAUCCUCCAACGGCAUGCCUCACCCACGGUCUGUCUCGGCCGAUGCAGCCGCGGCCCCGGCGUCAGCACAGAUCAUUCGGAGACUGGCCCAGCAAAAUGCGCGGAUACGAGAGGCUUGGGAGGCAGAACGCAAGUACAUGGAAGCAAAUCGCGAGCGCGUCGAAGAGGUCUACAAGGAGGAGCGCGCCCUCAUGGAGGAAGAGCGCAUCGAGUGGGAUGCAGAGAAGAGCGACUUGCUGGACCAAAUUCGCUUGCUGAAGGAGCAAAUCACGACGAUCGAAGGCGACAAGAUGCGGCUGCAAGGAGCGCUGCAACGCCACGAGCUAGAGAAGGCGGGCAAAAUCGCCGGCGUCACUGUUGCACUCUCAGGAACAGGAACAGGAACAGGAACAAGAGUUGGUGGUGGGGCCGAUGGGUCCACCCAACUUUCCUUUCAAGGAAUCUCCUCGCACCCCAAUGACGCGCGGUUCGGCCUCUCCAACUGCGGAAUUGGAGAGCGGAGGCCGACUAAUGGCUCUGCCUCAGCCUCCGUUUCGCCAUCCCAGAUCCGAUCUCAGUUUAUUAGUCCCGGCAGUUCCAGAAUUUCCCCCUCCAAGCAACCAGAGUUCUCGCCAUUCAUCCCACUCAACCCCAAUAUGCAGCCUACAACAAACGACGCCGUCGACUUCCUCGGUUCACCCAAGGACGAGGUGCCGGUUCCCAUCGUCGACAUUCAGAUCAUCAACCCUGAGCUUGAGGGCGUGCCGCUCAAGGCCCCGGCCAUUGAGAAGAGCACUUUCACAGAUUCUGGAAACACACCCGACAACUCCAAGACAUCAUCGAGGAACGUGUCACCGCCUGGAGAGCCCGGCAAGACGAAACGCAGCCCGACCAAGGAGCAGACCAUUCAGGUUCUUGCAGCGCCCGAGAUCGACAGGCUUGUCAUGCAUGCUGGCCAUACUCCCAGCCACUCACUAUCUCACUUGGGAACCGCACCAGGCACCGAAGUCCCGACUGCUGCCGAUGGCACUGGCGGUUCUACACCGACUUUGGCCCCCACGGAUAUGAGUUCCAACCCAGCAACCCUCUGUGACGUCAGGGCGAGAGGAGAGUCGUCCGAUGUCCACGAUGACGUUGGUGACGGCUUCGACGAGCCCGAGCCUAUGGACGCAAUGGACGAUAUCGCCCUCAAGGGCCCUUUGAUGAUCCGCAACAUCCCCGCUCAUGACGAAAUCUUCUUUCAGCGUCUAUCCGAAAAGCUCGAGGAUGUCAGUCGUGGAGAGGACGCUGUUCCGACUUGCCUCAGAGACUCAACGGAGGAUCUCCUCGCCGGCCCGUCGGAGCAAAACGAGAAUAAUCUCACGGCCCACAAGGUUGACACGGACGCCACCAGCGACAUCGGCUCCUCCACCGACAUUGGUGACGAGUCUCGGUCAAAGGUAGAGGAGGUCGAUAUACCUCUGAAGCUUAAGAAGAGCACGAAUUUCGGCGCCCCGUUAGGCGUUCUGUUCUAA